AUGGCCAGCAUGUACGUGACUGCAGUUCCCGAAACCUGCCCCACGAACGAAAUACCCGAUGCCUUGCCAAUUCCGAAAGAUAUGACAUAUGUAGUCAUUCCUGGACAUAAUGUGUCGGACCCGUGGAUGGUCAACUGCUGCCAUCCCAACCCGGUGAACCUCGUGAACAAGUGCUGGGAGUGGUGUCAGGUUCCCGACACCAUCAAACAGGACAGGGACGAGUCGGAAAUUUUGUCGGUCUUCAGCAGUUGUCUGCGCGCUGAAGGAAAGAACGCGAGCCUCUCCAACGGAGUCCAAGUCCGCUCUGCAUCCCCGCCGCCGAAUCGCCCCAUUCCCUUUGCAGGGCUGUUUUUGGCGACACUCGCGGCAUGCACAUUGGGUUUGGUGGUUUGA